AUGCCACGAAGUUCAGCGGGCGCCUCGUCUUCCAAACGCCAGGGCCUGCACCAUCACCACAGUAAUGGUCUUGUUCCGCCUGUAAAGCGUCCCUCUCGCUCAGGCUCCACGAGCAACGGCUCUGUUGUGUCCACUACGGCUUCUCCGAAUCCCUCACCAAGUCAACAAGUUGCGGCUGCAGCCAGUCAAUUUCAGCCUGCAACUGCGAAUGGGGGAGUCACAAACGGGUAUGCGAACGGAUGGGACGGGAAGGCGCCUGGGAGGAGGUAUUCAGACGGUCUCGAGAGCGAUCUGAGUGAGGGUUUCCAGAAUAGCGUGAAUGGUGCUGGUACGGCCGAACACCGUCAAAUCGAUAUCAACCCUUCCGGAAAGACAACAGUCAUGACUAGCGGGGUUCCUUCGACUGUACUUUCGUCCUUUCCCCUAUUGGACACUAUCACUCUUCUGAUCAUCUUCUUGCAACUGCCAUCUACUGUCCUCACGAUCAUUCACUUUCUUUUCGCAUCACUAACCUUCGUGCCACCAUCAACAACUUUACUAAGCGCCUCGACCACCUCGUCUCUACCGUCACUCACAAAUCUACUGCUACAAGGAUCAAAUGGUGCACCUUCACUUCUCACAAUUAUUUUUGCAGAUAUCCUUGUGGCCCUUCUUUCAAUGUUUCUUUGGCCAUCUGCGCGUGUCUUCCUGAUAGACUUUGCCCAGGCAGUCAUUGCCAUCUCAAUGGGUGCCGGGCAUGCAACCCAAAGUGGGGGAACUCUCAGAAACGCUGUUGUCUGUGCUGGAGUGAUGGGUGGAGUCAAGGUGGUCCAAGGAAGGUUCAAAUUGUCGGAUGCGUGGGAUGGUAUACAGCCGCACUCGGAAUCGUUUUUGGGAGGCCCUUCUUCGGAACUUGUAGGUAGGAUAGGAUCUUCUGCGGGAUGGAUUCGUAGCGCUAUUGCGAUCCAUAUUGUUGCGCAGGGUGUUAUGAGGGCGACCAGGAGAUGGUUGAUCGGGAGACCAGACACGACAGAUGCAUCGUCACCAAAUCUUACAAAUUCAAAAGAACCACUCCCGCUAGGAAAACAAAAAGACAAAGAUCCAGAGGCUGCUGCCGGGGCAUUAUCACAGCCCCUCGAGCGCGAAAGCAGUACUGCUGGGACAUCCGGUGGCAGGCGAAAAAAGAAAAACCAAAUACAACAUAUCCGAGACAAUCAACCACUAUGGGCGACUAUGGCCAGUGCCAUAGUCCAUAUUGCAAAAGAAGUAGAGCAAUCUCAAAUAUCGUCGGAAGCAUCGAUUUCGAACCCAAUCGAAACCGGAGCCACCAACGAUUCAGCGUUAUCCAACGGAGAAGAUGUGAGGAUAUGGAUAACAAAGAUUGGGUCAACUGAUAUUGGCUUUUCUGCAAGCUUUUUUGGAGCGAAGAGUGGUGGGGAGGAGAUGUAUGGUAUGAACGGUGUUGUGACCAAUGGCACUGACGGUAGUGGUAAAGAUGGAACAUUCCCAUUAUUUGUCCGAGUAAAUGGCAUUGUGUGGCCACAGACCGAUAUCUACAAAGCUACCGGAUCUGGAGAUAUCGACGGAGAAAAUGGAGAGGUCAUGGGAGUUACCGAAGACGAAUGGACUAUUGAUAUUACCGGGCUCACCGGUGCAACUGAGUACGAUUUCGAAUUUGUGAGGAAGGGAUUGCAGGUGGUCUACAAGACAAGCGCCUGCACAAUUCCCGCCGCUCAGGCCUCUUCUGCCGCUGCUCCUGCCAACACUCAACAACAGCCAUCACGCCCUCUAUCUCCAAUCACCACCCUUCUCAAUACCCUUGCACAAGCAAAUUCUUGUUUACUCGAACAAAAGAACCGACUUAAGGUCGUUAAGAAAACCCACAAAGGUACAUUGAGUGAUAUCCGCAAAGAAAUCGAAAAGCACCGAUCCCUUCUUGGGAAUGAUCGAGGAGAGGAACGUGCUUUCCGUAGGAAUUUAGCCUUGAAAGAAGCUAUCAAGCGUGCCGAGGAAGAAAAUGAGAAAAUGUUGCGGGAGUUGGCAGAGUUGGGGAAUGUACCCGAGACUAUGAAGGCCGAGUGGAAGGAGAAGAAGAAGCUUUGGCGCGAAGAGCGUAAUCGACUCCUCACAGCACAGAACCAAGCCAGCGAAGCCAAAGCUGCAGCGGAUCGUCAAGCCCAGGCUGUAGAAUCUGAAGCAGCAUCUCUUGCGACCAAAAAGGAGAGGUUGAGCGCAAAACUCACCAAGCUGCGUGCCGACCUCGAGAAAGCCGGUCAAGAGAUUUCCCAGGAAGCCGAGGCCAGAGAAAAGAGGCAAUUGGGAAGGGAGGCUCUCCAGGCUCACCGCACCUCGCUGGAAAAAGAGUUUACUGAGGCAAUCUACCGCAUGGAAGUCAAAAUGCACGAGCAUCACCUCAAGUCUCAGGAAAACUGGGCGGCCUAUCGUGCAUCCGAGGCUGCACUUCUCCAACAGCAACAAUCUCAGCUCCCUCCGUCCACUCCCGAUGGUAUCCACAGCAACCACGGCUCUAUGCAUGUAGCCACCCCCCCUGGAUUGGUCUUGCAGAAUCAACACGCCCCCAUCUCUACUCCGAAUAACCGCGAACGCUCCAUGUCCAUCUUUUCCGAUGGUAGCGUCAUCACAAAUAUGUCAGAGCUUGAGCGUUCCGAGUCUCUACAAAACCCUCACUACGAUAUUGGAAACAAUAGCGGACACGGGUCUUUGGGACAAAUUGCAACUAGCUUUCCACCUCCUGGGUUGAUGGGAGUGUUUAUUCCAGAGAGGAGAAGCUGA